AUGCUCCGGACGACCCCGGCUUCAACACUAAGUGCGCGAGAAUGGAGGGAGUGGAGUGAGGCUCUCCUGGGCUCGGCGCUCACCGCGGCGAAACUACGGAUCCCCACCUCCGAGCUUGAGCAGAGCCUGCUGUGGCGUCAGGGGACACUCCCCAUCCGCCUGGGUGGCCUCGGGGUGAUCGACCCUAUCUCUGAGGCAUCCGCGGCAUACCUGGCUUCAGUCACGGCGGCACACAUCCUACUGAGGCAGCUGAACCUGCCAACGGACUGCCUCCUGAGCCGGGCGACACAGCUCCUCUCCCACGAGUGGGCCCCACUACCACCUGAGACCAACCCCAGAGCCACGAUGGAGGGUAACCUCCCUGCUGAAGCCCGAGCAACACUAGAGCAGUACAGGGCAGGGGCGCUGCACCAGGGGCGCCCGGCACGAGGCCAUUCAAGGGAAGAUAGUGCAGCAUCUCCGUCGCUGCAGCCACCGCCGCAGAGCGCUCAGCGGGCAACAUCCCGUCAACCUCCAAGCCUUGUCAUGCCAAACACACGUGGAGCUGGUCCAGUACGUACGACAGCAGCGUCAAACACGUGCCCACGUGCACAACGCGCUGCUCGACGAGGGGAGGCAGCGCACCUGCAGGAGCGGCAGCAAGAGGAGCAGACGGGACAGGAGGGUUUGGCGGCGUUGGAGGAGGCGGCGGCUGACGCAGUUGAGGCCGGGGCAGAGGGGGAUGUCGCUGCUGCGGGGUCAGGUUUGACGCAGCGGGGGGAGCAGGGUACUGCGGUAGAGGCGGAUCCGACGGGGACGGGGCGGGAGGCGCACUCGCCUGCUGCUGUGCGUGCAGCCGCCUCUGACGACGACUCAACCUCGCCCGCUGCGGGGCCGACGGCGCCACCAGCGGACAAGGUUGUGGCUGCGGAGGAGGCGCAUGUGGAGCAUGGGUCGGCUGACUCACCAGCGCCAUUGGUGGCGGUGUCCCCAUCACCUGUCGGGGAGGUGGAGAUUGCGGCGGUCGUAGCUGAGGCAGCGAGGCAACCAGAACAACCCCCGAACGAACCGUUUGCGCCAACUGUCGCUGAGUCCGCUGGAAUGUCUACUGCUGCCGCGGCCGUAAACAUGCGGGAGUGCGGCCAGGCAGCGGAUGGAAUUGAGGGUCCCGUGAUCGGCGUCGCUUCUGGCGCCGCACCGGCAAGGAAGAAGGUGAAGCUACGCGCCCAGCCAACGCCGAGGCGGCCCGAAGCAGGGCUGGGGCCUGGGGAGAGCGCGAGAGGCGGCAGCGCUGGCGUACUCCCCGCAAUCCCCCGUGGAGGCAGAGGGGGAAGAGGAGGGACACGCUGUAGGGGAGUUCCACUCCUGGGUGGCGAGGCUGCAAUCGUGAGAUCAGGCACGUGGCGUGAUCGCCACGACUGCCCGGAGCGUACACCUAUGCCUGUGUGUGUGAAUGGGGGCGAGGAGGGUUCUGAAAACUCCCAGAACGGGAGCGAGUUUAUCCCCUCGCACUCAGAGGCAUCGGAGGAUUUGGUCUCCCUGGGCGACGAUGAGAGCCAACAUGUAUCGGCGCAGGGGCGAGUGAGGAGGACGGAGCAGGGUGGCAUGCCACAACCACCCAACAUGCCAGCAGGACAGGACCCAGCUGUGCCACCACCGCCAUCCGAGAAAUCGCCAACUGACCUGGCAAAGGAUGAGUCUUUCUGGCACCUGGCCAGCACUUGGGACAUCGCACCACUCCAGCGUGCGGAUCAACCGUUCUUGGUGAGGCGGUUGCCCCCAAAGAUUCUGGAGAGCUACACCUUGUGCCUUCUGGCCUCGCUGCUGCGAUUGGCUGAGAAACCAGACUGUGUGGGGGCGUGGACGGUGCUGCAGUUUUUACCCCGCUUGACCCAUCGACCUCUACCAGAGCCAGUGGACGGGAACCGCAAGAUCAAGAUUGAGACUCGGCUGCACCACUUCAGAAUCGGGGAUCUUGCCGAUCUCUACAGGGCGGCAGUCAUAGCGUACGUUGACGACAUCACAGUGGUAGGGCCGCGGGAGGAGGUGUUCAAGGCCUUCGAUGCCAUCGUCGAAGAGCUGGUAAAGCGCGGGCUACGGUGCAACGUGGCAUAG